AUGGUCGCCACCCGGACCUGGCCGAACCGGACCGCACUGUCAUGCAAUGUUCAGGACUUCUUCAAGCUAGGCUACAAGCAGGUGUCGGGCUGGCGCCAUCAGCGGCACUACUUUGAGACUCUGUUGAACAGUCCAAUGUUCAAAAUAGCUAACCUAGAGUCUCCUGCCAAGGAGGACCACGGCAUAAAGCUCUGGCUGCUGCACAACAUAGUUUGGUACUUCAUUGUCAAGAAAGGCCUAGCAGACUUGACCAACCUGUAUGCUGGGAAGCAGGAUGGGAGGAUCAUCAACAAGAUUUUCCAGCCAAAAGAAGAUGCGGCUGGCCCUCAACCCCAGCAAAGUGGCGUACGCGGCGCCAGCGGGCUAAUUGUUGAUGCGCCCACUCUAGUCGGCCUAGCUAAUGCUUCAAGUACUGGGCGUUCAAUUCGGCAAGGCCCUUCGCAGCAAGCCACAAUCGCUCAGCAGGUUCAGGAGAUCAUCGAGAGGAAGGAGAAGAAAGGGCCUAUGCUUGAGGGCGAAUACGGCGUGGCUCCCUGGAGUACCCAGGUCAAGGUCCUACCUCAGACCCCAGCCUCGCACAACGUUUCUUCUGGAGAGGAGAACACUGCGGCUGCAACAAUGGAGCUGCCCUUCUGUGCUUUUAAUUUAGAGGACAGCUAUGAGGUGCGUGUGGCCCGCCCGUUCUGUCCAUUUGAGAGCAGGAAGGAAGUGCCCAUCCAGAGCUGUGAGGAGCUGAAAGACGCCGUCCCGCCAAAGCACCUGCUGAUUCUGGGGAGCAACAUGCCGGAGCACCUGGAUUGGGAGCAGAACAAAGUCGAUACCGG